AUGAAGAUUGUCGUAUUUUUGGACGUCCAAAGCGAAAAACUCCGCUCCACUAUUGCCUCAGAAGCAGCAGUGGGGGAUUCCGCUGAGAUUGUACAAUGCCAGGGUUCACUUGCGCAUACUAUUCGACAUAGGGGGGUUAAACAGUCGGAUAAGGCCGAUACUUUUACUUGUUUUAUCACGGAAAAACAGUCCCUACAUAACGCUGAUGUUGUUUACGCGUUGUUUUGUAAGCGUCUGCCUGUUCUAUCCCUGAUAGAGAGCAAAAGUAUUUCAGUAUCCUUACUUGAAACUUUGUCAACUCUUGGUGUGGAUAAUUUAGGUAACCUCCUUGAUGCACAAAUUGCUGCUAUAAAGGCUUUUUUCUCUUUUCAACCAAAAAAAGGCCAAGUGUUCGUUUUUGAAGGCGGUGAUGGUGUAGGCAAAGCCACACAGACGAAACUUUUAUUUACUCAUCUUGAACAUCUGGGUUAUUCUGUUGCCACUCUUGACUUUCCAUCUGAAAGAAAUCGAUAUGGAGGUCUUCUUCGCGAGGUUUUGUCUGGUAAAAAAGGAGGCAUACAUGAACUGGACCCAAAAUUAUUUAGCCUAUUAUUUUCACUAAACCGUUUUGCUUGUAUGCCUGAACUUCAGUAUUGGAUGUGUCGUGGCCGAAAAAUCAUUCUGGAUCGUUACUAUACAGCAAACUGCGGACAUCAAGCUUCAAAACUUCCAGAAGAAGAACGGAAAAAGUUUAUUCAUUAUCUACAGACAAUGGAAGUUUCGUGGUUCGGACUUCCACCAGCAGAUAUAGUCCUAUACCUUGAUCUACCUCCUCAAGCAGCCAUGAACGCUAUGAAGAAAGAUCAGGACCGUGGUCCUCUAGAUAUUCAUGAGACUGCCCAAUCUAAUUACAAGGAAACUGUUAGACAAACCUAUUUGUGGUGCUGUCAUGAACUUCCAAAUUGGUUUCAUAUAGAAUGUUGUGAUAUAAAAGGAAGUCGUUUAGGCCGUGAGGAAACGCAUAAUCUAGUGUAUAAUGUAAUAAAGGGAAACCUUAUUUAA